UCUUCAUCAGUCGUUGUUUAUAAAUCGUUUGAUGAAUUUUAUCCAUUCUAUAUUUCACAACAUUCCAAUGCCAUUUGUAGAUCUUUGCAUGUGAUUGGAACUUUAUCUUCAACUGCAAUCGGUGGUUAUUUAUUAUAUAAGAGAAGAUUUAAAUCUGCCUUGCCAGUCAUGUUACUUGUUGGAUAUGGAUUGGCUUGGAUUGGUCAUUUUGUUUUUGAGAGAAAUAGACCUGCAACAUUUACUUAUCCACUUUGGAGUUUUAUGGGAGAUUGGAAAAUGUUAUUUGAAGUAUUGACAUUUAAG